UUUGGAGACCAUCGGGGGCCUCAGCCUGCCUGCUGGGGCAUCUUGCCUUAUACCUGUAAUGAUCCUACUACUAGCCCUACUAUCGCUAAGUAUUACCAGUACUACUGCUACUACUACUACUACUACUACUGCUACUACUACUGCUACUACUACUAAUACUACUACUACUACUACUACUACUACUACUACUACUACUACUACUACCUUGUUAUCUAGUAAAAUGCCUCGCAGCAAAUUGAACGUCAAAAGACCUCCUGUUAAUUCUACUGCAUUAGAAAAUGCUGUUAAGGCAGUUUUGGAUCCAGAAAAUAUAUCUUUAAGAGAAGCAUGUAAAAUAUUUGGUGUUAAGUUAACAACUUUGUCAAGACAUCUUUCUCGGUUUCGAAAAUCAGAGAGUCAAACUUUCGAAUAUAAACCAAGACUGGAUAACAAAAAAGUAUUCACUGAUUAUGAAGAGAAUUGUUUGCUCCUUUAUAUAAAAAAGGUGGCAAAAAUGAAUUAUGGCUUGACGAAAAAAAGUUUCCCCAUACUAACAGAAAGAAAAUCAUCAACGGACAUUGUAAACUUACUACCUGAAGACGUUGUACCUUACCCAAAAGCAAAACCAAGAAAAGCUACCAAUAAAGGAAGAAAGCGUGGCAAAACCAUGAUUGCAACAGACACUCCGGAAAAAGAACGGUUAAAAAAUGAAAAGAAAGUCUCCUUUAAACGUCGUAUAAAUAUAGAAGAAACAAAUGAACAAAAUAAAGACAAAUCAAAAAAAUUAAAAGUAAGGAGGCAGAAGAAGAAUCAGCAAAGGAAACAAGUUCAAUAUUCAUCUUCUGAAGAGGAGGACGAUAUAGUUCAUCUUGUAGAAACUGAUGAUGAGGACAGCAAUGACGAGGAGUGCCUUUUUUGCAAUGAAUCGUUCAAAAAUGACAUUCAUGGAGAGCAAUGGAUCCGAUGCAUGUCCUGCUUAGGAUGGGCCCACGAACUCGGUGAUGCAACUAAAGAAGGUUUUGGAGACCAUCGGGGGCCUCAGCCUGCCUGCUGGGGCAUCUUGCCUUAUACCUGUAAUGAUCCUACUACUAGCCCUACUAUCGCUAAGUAUUACCAGUACUACUGCUACUACUACUACUACUACUACUGCUACUACUACUGCUACUACUACUACUAA